AUGUCCAUGCUAGUGGCCUUCCUGCUGGUCUGGGGUCUCACCCUAGGCCCAGCGACUGACGCAGCCACAUUUUUUGACCCCCGGCCCAGCCUGUGGGCAGAGUCUGAAUCGCUGCUGGAACCCUGGGCCAAAGUGAGGCUGACAUGCCAGGCCCACCUGGAGACCCUGGAUUUUCAGCUAUUCAAGGAUGGGGUGGCCCGAGAGGUUGUGCAUCUUGGCUCACCUGCCAUCGAGCACAAGUUCCUUCUGGGAGCAGUGACGAAUGACACCCGGGGCCUCUACCGUUGCCACUCAGGCAUGGACACAGGAUGGACUGGGCUGAGCAACCUCUUGGAGGUGACGGGAACAGAGCCCUUGCCCCCGCCCCGGCUCUCAGCAGAGCCAGUGUCCUGGAUCACACCGGGCCUGAACACGACACUUCUGUGCCACGGGGGACUACAGGGUGUGACCUUCCUGCUGAAGCGGGAAGGUGACGAUGAGUUUCUGGAGGUAGCUGAGGCUGGGAAGGACACAAAGGCUACUUUCCCUGUCCACCGAGCUGGCAACUAUAGCUGCAGCUACCGAACCCAUGCAGCAGGCUCCCCCUCGGAGCCCAGCACCUCUGUGACCAUCCAGGAGCUGGCCGCGCCCCCGCCGCCCAAGCUGAGUAUCGAGAGGGAGUCGGCCACGAUCUUGCCCACGGGCGCCCGCGGGACCUUCAGCUGCGUGGCGCCCCUGAGCGGCGUACACUUUCAGCUGCGACAGGGCCAGGAGGUGCUGCUGGUACCCAUGUUCAGCACCAACCCCGAGAGGAUCUUCUUUUCCCUGGAAGCGGUGGCCCAGAGGCACAGCGGUUCUUACACCUGCCGCUACCGGCUGCGGGGCAACAACACCCUGUGGUCCGGGGACAGCGCGCCUGUCGAGCUGCUAGUGAGCGACGAGAAGCUGCCCGCGCCGAAGCUCUCGGCCGAGCCAGAGAGGCCGAGCCCCGCGCCCGGCACGCUCGUGCGGCUGCGCUGCCAGGCGCCCCGGGCCGGCCUGCGCUUCGCACUGCUGCGCGAGGACGCGAGGGGGCGCCGCGUGCACAGUCUCCUGAGCCCCGCGGGCGCCGAGGCCCUCUUCGAGCUGCGCGGCGUCUCGGUGGUCGACUCGGCCAACUACAGCUGCGUCUACGUGGACCUGGCGCCGCCCUUCCAGGGCUCCGCGCCGAGCGCGCACUGGGAGCUGCGGGUGGACGAACCCCCUCAUAAGCCGCAGCUCCGGCCCCUGUGGAACGGAGCAGUGACCCCGGGCCGCGACGCUGUUCUGCACUGCGAGGGCCACAGACCUCAAGUCACCUUUGAGCUGCUGCAGGAUGGGGAGCCUGUGCCUUGGAUGAUGCGCUGGAGCACCCACAACUCAGUGGACUUUGUGCUGACCUACGUGGGACCCCAACACGCAGGCAACUACAGCUGCCGCUAUGGCUCCACGUGGCCCAAACCCUUCCUGUCCGAGCUCAGCGACCCCGUGGAGCUCUUAGUUGCAGGAAGUUGAUCAAGCUGUGGACCCAGGGUGCUGAUGGUAUCCUUGGGAGGUAUCGGGAAUACUGGCCUGGCUCCUAUCCCUCCUGUUGCAGUUGGAGAUUUGGCUUCCUAUGGGGUGCUGGAGGGUUCUCCCUCAUUCCUCCCAGGAAUUAAUAAAUAUGAU